GGUUAGUCCCACGAGCCCAUGCCAGUCCGUGCGGGUGCGUCUGCUGCUUCGACUUCUCUGCUGCCGGAUUCCAUGGCGGUAGAUCGGAGGCCCUCGAACGACUCUCUUCUGCAGCAAUUGAGGGAUGGAAGCGCGAAGUUUGAACUUGCAAGCCUUUCGAUUUCUCCGUCGCUUUCUGGGCUGCGGUUCUUCGCAAGAAUCGGCUCCUCAUUGAAUGCGAUUUCACCAGCAAUGAAGAAAGAAGAGCAUUACUCGGUUCAUAAGGUCACCGGCGACGGCCGCUGCAUGUUCCGAGCACUCGUUAAGGGAAUGGCAAGAAACAAAGGUUUGAAGCUUGAUAUGAACCAAGAAACCAAGGAUGCAGAUGAACUGCGAAUGGCAGUCAAGGAGGUGAUGUGUGACAAUGGUGAAGAACGUCUUCAGUAUGAAGAAGCACUUGUAGCAAUUACCGUCGAAGAGUCUUUAAAGCGAUAUUGCCAGCGGAUUGGACAUUCUGAUUUCUGGGGUGGAGAGUCAGAACUAUUGGUUCUAUCAAAGCUGUGUCGUCAGCCGAUUGAGGUGUAUAUACCUGUAAACGAGCACCCAACAGCUAGUGGAAGAAAUGGUUUCAUUCCCAUUGCUGAAUACGGCUCGGAGUUUAAGAAGCCGGAGAAGGGGAAGCGGAGGAUGGUAGUCAAAUUACUCUACUCCAGCAACAACCAUUACGAUCUACUCGUAUGAGGCAAGUGGAAGCCAAUGUUCUUUCAACUGUAUUGGAGCCAUGCAUCUUUUGCGUUUGAGAAUUUGCCUGAAUCAGGCACCACUUGUCUUGUUUUGUCUUAUUUUGAGCAUGGGAACUUUCGGAACGGCAUGAAA